CAGCCAGGCACAGCACGGCCUUGCUGCUUAACACUCAGCCAGUCAGAGACUGCAGCAAACACAGCUGAGCUCUCUGUCCCAGCACCCGUCUGGUAGAAAAGUGCAGCUUUCUGUUAAGAGUCUCUUUUCUCUCUCUGCUUCUUUGCAUUAUCUAUCUUCUUGGACAUUCUCCCCACCCACCCUUGUACAUGUUCAUGUGCAUCUUUUUCUCUUCCACGUUUCACUUAAUUAUUUGCUUAAUCCUGAAUGCAGUUUCUGGAUCCUGCAGUACAAGUCUUCAUGAACAAGCUGCACCGCUUGCAGAUUUCACAGCAUUCAAAGGUCACAGAACUGCCACUAUGGUUAAAUGUCUUGUUUAAUGGUUGAGGUCUUCCAUAAGAAAUAUUUGCUACAAAAAGAAAACAAGUAAAGAUACUGAACCAGGCUCAUUUAUCUUGAUACAAUUAAAGAGGUGUGGAGAAAUCUCAUUUGAUAGCCCAGAGCAGAGUGCCAAAUGUGUUCGCAUGCUAGGAGAUGCACGGCUGAGAGGUCAGACAGGGGUUCUCUCUGAGCGACGUGGUUCCUACCCGUUUAUAGACUUCCGCCUUCUCAACAAUACCAUUUACUCAGGGGAAAUUGGAACAAAGAAAAAGGUAAAAAGACUGUUAAGCUUUCAGAGAUAUUUCCAUGCAUCCAGGCUGCUGCGUGGAAUCGUACCACAAGCGUCACUGUACUUAUUGGAUGAAGACUACCUUGGUCAAGCAAGGUAUAUGCUAUCCAAAGUGGAAAUGUGGGAUUUUGAUAUUUUCCUGUUUGACCGCUUGACAAAUGGUAACAGCCUGGUAACCUUGCUGUGCCACCUCUUCAAUGUACAUGGGCUUAUCCACCAUUUCCACUUAGACAUGGUUACAUUACAUAGAUUCUUAGUUAUGGUACAAGAAGAUUACCAUAGCCAAAACCCAUACCACAAUGCUGUUCAUGCUGCUGAUGUCACCCAAGCUAUGCACUGCUAUCUAAAGGAGCCCAAGCUUGCCAACUUCCUCACGCCUCUCGACAUUAUGCUUGGACUACUGGCUGCAGCAGCACAUGAUGUAGAUCAUCCAGGAGUAAACCAACCAUUUUUGAUAAAAACGAAACACCAUCUUGCCAGUUUAUACCAGAAUGUCUCUGUAUUAGAAAAUCAUCACUGGAGAUCUACGAUAGGCAUGCUUCGAGAGUCAAGGCUGCUUGCACAUCUGCCAACUGAAGAGAGACAUGAUAUUGAACAGCAGCUGGGCUCUCUGAUCUUGGCAACAGACAUUAACAGGCAGAAUGAAUUUCUGACCCAGUUGAAAGCUCAUCUCAAAAAUCAGGAUCUGAAGUUGGAGGAUGCUCCCGAUAGGCAUUUUAUGCUUCAGAUUGCACUGAAGUGUGCAGACAUCUGCAAUCCUUGCCGGCUCUGGGAGAUGAGCAAACAAUGGAGUGAACGAGUUUGUGAGGAAUUCUAUAGGCAAGGUGACCUGGAGCAGAAAUUUGACUUGGAAAUAAGCCCUCUUUGUAAUCAGCAGAAAGACACAAUACCUAGUAUACAAAUAGGCUUCAUGUCCUACAUUGUAGAGCCACUCUUUGAAGAAUGGGCCAACUUUACUGGGAACACACCCUUAUCUGAAAACAUGCUAAACCAUCUGCGGAGGAACAAGACCAAGUGGAAAAGUCUGCUUCAUAAGCAACACAGCAGCAGCAGGAGCAUUGACCACUCAGUUCAAAUGCCUGACAAUGAAGAUCAGACUUUCAACGAAGGAGAAAACCCAUAGCAGUGACUUAGCACUCUAUGCUACAGUGCUACUACCUUUCACAACAGUGAACAAAAUCCUAAGGGGUCUGUUGGGCCAUUGUCAACAAUGCAGGAAGCAAAGAACCAGGAGGAAAGCCAAAGCGACAGGUGUCCUCCUCAAUUAAACCUAUACCACUUCUGGGUUUGGCCUCAAAGCUGUGCCAAAUCCUACUUCCUCAUCUUAAUAUCUGAAGCCAUUCAUCACUCCUGAUCACAAACUGCUUGAAUGAGAAGUUUUUCAGUAGUGCUGAAACUGGGGCAGAAAGCAGGUACCAAGUAAGAAGAGGAUUAGAGAAUACAGGCAAGACCAAUGCAUUCUUGGUUAUCUGUUUCAUUCACUUUGGGUCAUACUGUGACAUGAGUUUCAGAAUGAAGGCCUGGAGCAAUGUACAGUCUUCAGAUUGGCAUCUGGGCUGCACAUUAAAAACUACCACCAGCACUGUCAGAACUCAGAGGACAUCUGGCCAUGCAAGAGAAAAGUAUCUCAUUUUAAAUAAAGCCUUUUUAAUUUUUGUAUUUGGUGCACUGGGCAAGGAAUCCAAAAACCUUGAUGUAAGGUUAUCCUGUGUACACAAAGCUUUUUCAUGGUGGUGCCCAUUUUGUUAACCAUUUUAUGCCACUUUAGGUAAAAGACUGGCAUUCUUCUCACUGCAAGAACAAUAUUUCCUAUCAAAUCAAAAAGGGAAGAGUUGUACAGUUUAGUUUCCAGAUGUCUUUUUUGAUUAAUGUAUCUGUGACAUGUUUAUAUUCGCACAUGUGUGUCUCCUGUACAUAUAAGGCGCUACUGAUCCCAUACCGAAAUACCGAAGUAUUAUGGGAAAGCUACCUAUAUAAACAAUGGCACUGUGAACAAAAUCCUGUUAGUUUUAGUAUUGGAAGCAUUUGUAAAUAUGGUAUAGACUAUUAAUACACUAUUGUUUGCAGAUAAAGGCCUUAACUUCUAGCAUCCUUAACUUUCUGAUGGCUACCAGAAGUCAUCUCAUUUUAGUUUGGCCUAUUUUCAGUUGCCCAGCCAAAGGUUAGGUAAGAGGGACAAUUUAUCUGAAACCUUUAUAUGCAUUCCACUGUGGAUCUAUAGCGUUUAAGCUACACUGUUCUAAUCAAGCUGCAGCUCAUUGUUGCCAGGUUUUCCCCCUCCCCGUUUUCAAAUAAUCUGUCCAUAUACUUUACAAGAUUUUACCUUAUUUAGAAACUCUACAACAAACUGCAACCCAAUGAAGGAUGGAGACUGUCCUUGAACUAGCAUUGGGGCAUUCCAUGCCAAAUCAACAAAGAGUGCAUCAUAGUCAUGGAUUUUGUUGAAAUUUUGCAGUCGUUAUGUAUGUUCAGAAGUAGCCAUAGCCAUUAAAAAAUCAUUAGGAGCAGAGCCACACCCCUCCAAAAUUUGUUCAAGGUCACAUUUCCUGUCAAACGUGCUCAUUUUGUACUCUGCCUACAACAAUUAGCAAGGGCUUAUUUUGAAGCUCAGGAUUUCAAAAUCUUAAAUGGGUAUUAUGUGCCAAAUUAGCAGAAAUCCAGCAGUAACUGAUGAUUACAUAUAUAGACAUUUUUCAAGAAUUUCCAUACUCACUAUCUCCUGUAUACAAAUAGAUCCAGUAAUAACUUUGGUUAUCCACUAGUGAUUGCUUCACCAAUCACAUUUCAUCAUGAUAUUUACAUGAUGUUUUGGGCUCCUAAACUUAAGGAAAAAAAAUACAAAAUCUUCUAUAUUUGCCCCCCCCCACUCCAAAUCAGCAUUAUAAUACUAUAAUGUUCAAAAUACAUUUUGUGAUGUGUUUAGCAAUUGAAAGAAAAAUCAUAUUGAUAUUCUAAUCCAUUAUAUUUUUAAAUUACAUUAUUUGUGUGAAUAUUGGUUGUGCUCUACUUCCAGACCUACCAUAUCUUUGUUUAUUACAUCAGUAAUCCUUUUUCAGAUUAAUAUAAAUUCUGUCUUAGAUUCCAGAAUGGCAUGACAACCAAACUGCUAUAAAACUAUGAGGGAAUUUGUGUGACAUUAACUUCAAAAGACAACUGAGUCCAUACAAGUCCAUGUCAGCCCCAUGUUCCUGGUGCAUCCUGUAACAGAGAUGGGAGUCACUGCAAAGUCUAACUAUGCUUUGAAUUCAAACAAUUCAACAUAAAAAUGCAAACCAACUACUAUGAAAUUUUAUAUGUUGCCGGAAAUGGAACACCACAAAAAGCAAGGUUACAAUAGUACAAAAGAACAUUUUGUUUGCAAGCCAAAUCAAGAGCUAAUUUUUGCUCAGAGAUUGAACUAUAAAGCUUUUUGUCCCUUUUUACCUCUUGGAAGAAAGUGUACAGAACAUACAGAGCUUCAGGUACAAACUCUUCUCUUUUAGCUGCAACAUACUACAAGAAAUUCACCAAAGAACAUUGCUCAAGAUCUCUAAGACAAACAGCUAUACUUCUAUACAACCCCAUUACAUUCUGAUUAAACUCAGUGUUCUCUAA